CUAAUCUCACUGUUGACGGCCCUUGCCAAUCCUUAUUAUUGACGUGCUCCUUGACUUCCACGUGACAUGCACUCUCCACGAUUACCCAAUUCCAAGAUCUACCUAACAUCCGCUUCGUUUUCGUUCUCUUGGUCUGAUUCCAGUCUCUACCGAUAUUGAUUCUAUACAACCUCAGGGUUAGAUCCACUCGCAGACAACUAUAAUCAUGACAGCUCAAAAUCAUCCCGCUCAGCCGCAAUUUCCAUUGGCGGCCCGUCGCGGGCGGCCAUUUGGCCCCCAAAAUCUCUAUUCCACAGCCUUGCGCCUCGAGCCUUUAACAUCUCGACAUCUUGAGACUUUACAGCUCAAGAGACCUGACAUCUCCGGAAAUUUGCAUCUCAAGCUCAUCGUGGUCCGGUAUCCAUCUCUGUAGUCUGCUCCGUCAUGUGGCUCAUCAACACAACGACCAUCCAGCUUGAGGAGUUCUUCGGAUCCGACACACCAAGAUACGCCAUUCUAUCUCACACUUGGGAGGAAGAGGAGGUCUCCUUCCAAGAAUUCGGAUCUCAAUCCUCAGUCCUGAAAAAAGGCUGGUCCAAGAUCACGAAAACUUGCACCAAAGCACUCCGUCACGGCUACGAAUAUGCAUGGGUCGAUACGUGCUGCAUCGACAAGAGGAGCAGUGCCGAGCUGACCGAGAGCAUCAAUUCCAUGUUCAAGUGGUACCAAGAUGCCGGAGAGUGCUACGUGUAUCUUCCUGAUCUUCCACUAGACACGCCAGCCGAAGAAGGAUUGAAGAAUUGCCGCUGGUUUACGCGAGGAUGGACGCUGCAGGAGUUGAUAGCUCCUAGGAAGAUACGAUUCUACGAUCAGAAUUGGAAAAUGCUUGGAACGAAGAGGGAGUUUGCAGAAUUGAUCUCGAGGAUCACGGGUAUCAGAGUACCUGUUUUGAGACUAACGAAAGGUCCCGAGAUGUAUUCCAUCUCGACAAGAAUGUCCUGGGCAGCGAACCGAGAGACAAAGCGUGUCGAAGAUAUGGCGUACUGUCUCCUGGGCAUAUUCGAUGUUACCAUGCCGAUGCUCUAUGGCGAGGGUAUACGAGCCUUUGGUCGAUUGCAGGAGGAAAUUAUCAAGCGCAGCAACGACUUGACAAUAUUUGCAUGGACCAAGCCCGAAGGUCAAAGUGAAGUUGCAGCGGGAGCACUAUUCGCACCAUCUCCUGCCUGUUUUGCCCAAACUGGCGACAUCAACAGUUUCGGCAGACGGUACAUGGAUCUCGACUUCGUGUUAACAAACAAAGGCCUGCGAAUUGACAAGUGCGUCGACGUCCACGAAGUCAUCCCAAAGACCGAUACCAGCACACCUCAUGCCACCGGGUUUGUUCUGCCUCUUGGCUACCGCAAGACAGCAGGGCAAGCGUCUGAAGAAUACGAUAUUUACCUCAACCUCUGGAAAGUCGGGCCGAACAGUUUCCUUCGAGAAUCCAUCUCGCGACGACCAGAUGGCUGUAAAUUCGUCCCUUCGCCUAUGCCCAUGUUUUACAUUGCCUCGGAUACCCAUGAUUUUCUCUACUUCAAGCUCUCGAAGCUGCGGAACGCCGUACACUUUCCACGGAAAGACAGCUUGCGGAUCCAGAAUACAAUUCCUCAAAGCCACUGGGAUCACUCAAGACAGCUAUUUUUUGCCCCAGCAGAAAGUGUCGAUCUGGUUCUUGCGGCUUCGAUCACUGUUACCCUAGCGCCCGGUCUUGAGGCGCAGAUGAUUCUCUGCGUGGAUUUCUCGCGAUCUAAGUCUGGGUAUUUGGAGCCUCGAUGCUUGAUCUUUGACGAGAAAUCUCAUGGUCAUAUCUCGGUUUGGCUGUUUCAUCAUAGGAGACUUGGGUAUAAUGGCCAUGAUGCUACUUGGAGCGAUGUCCGAGAGAAUGUGAAGGAGAUGCUUGAUUUUACCAAUUGUAUCCAGGUUUCCGUAGGAGGCUCGAGCUUCGCUGUGAAAGUUACGCUCGUAAAGGGUGUUGUUGAGUCUAUUUUCGAUGAGCCUAUAUAUUCUGUGGACUUUACUAUAGAUAAGGUUCCUUAGAUUACUUGGUCCGAAGCUUGACAUUUAUUAAAUGCGCGGGAUACCAGGCCCAUGGCUAUCUGAGGAAGUCAAAAGAAAUAGAGAUAAAUCUUAGUGGCAUGUAGUGCAGCGUCAAAACAGGUCCGCCUUGGACAUUUAGGAUCUGGAGAAUUACGGACUGGUAUGAAGGACGGGUCUUCUUCCCGCAACAAUGGUGAACCUCGAC